CUCUCGUUAUUUUGCACGUCACGCAACGCUCGCUGUAUUAUAAAACCCAUCGCGGCUCGCAGGUUUAUCGAGUUGCAAUCAGCUUCAGGCCAAGCAAGCAGUUCAACAAUUAGCGCGCGCCUUGGCGUCUCGACACCGUUCGAAUCAUACAGCGCGAUUAUCCUUGGUCGCUUCCUUUUUAGGGAACAACGCAUCUAGAUAAUCCUUGGCUUCGCAUCUUUGCGCCUUGGCAUUUGACGACAUAUUUUUCGACUACCACCUCACAUCACCUACUACCUACAGGCCCGCACCUCUUUUCUGAGUCUCGCUCUUCCCAUAAGACUCUGCUCGCUGCAUCCUUACCUUUAUCCUUCUCGACAUCCAUUAAUCGACAGAAUGGCCGACGCUGAUACCUGCAGCGGCGAGGCCGUCGAUCUCGGCCGACGAGGUCUUCGAAUUGGCUCCAUCUUCAUCAUCAUGGCCUCUUCGGCUAUCGGCGCACUCUUGCCCAUUUUCCUGGCGCGCCAGAAGACGAUCCCGGUACCUAAGAUGACCUUCUUCAUUUGCAAGUUCAUCGGUACCGGAGUCAUCAUAGCGACAGCUUUCAUGCACCUGCUUGUUCCCGCUGUCGAGAACUUGACCGACCCCUGUCUCGAGGACCGACUGGGUGGUUACGAUUGGGCUGAAGCCAUCGCGCUCAUGACUGUUAUUGUCAUGUUCUUUGUCGAAAUGCUCGCCGCUCGUCUCAGCAACGCCGACAUGGAGCACAACCACUCAAUGGAGAUUGACCACGAGCUCGAUCCUGCUAUGGACUUUAUCGCUAAGAAGCAGCCCAGCAACCCUGACAUCGAGAACGGUGACCGUAUGGGGCCUGGCUAUGCCCCUGGUGGUGACAGCCACCUCGCUCACGGUCGUGAGCACAAGGAGGGUGAUGCUCAGGGCGGACUUGCUGGUCAGCUGCUCGCCAUCUUCAUUCUCGAAUUCGGUGUCGUGUUCCACAGUGUCUUCAUCGGUCUUACUCUCGGCACGAUCGCCUCUGACGAGCUUACCGUUCUCUUGAUUGUUCUCGUCUUCCAUCAGAUGUUCGAGGGUCUCGGUCUCGGUUCUCGUCUGGCUGUCGCUCCUUGGCCCAGUAACCGACAGUGGAUGCCCUACCUACUCGGCUGCAUCUUUGCUCUAUCAACUCCCAUUGGUAUCGCGGCUGGUAUCGGAGCCAAGCCCAACAACGCCAACGACCAGAAGCUUACAAACGGUAUCUUCGACGCUAUCAGUGCUGGUAUUCUCAUGUACACUGGUCUUGUAGAGCUCCUCGCCCACGAGUUCAUGUUCAACCCUUACAUGCGCAAAGCCCCAAUCAGGAUUCUGUUGCUCGCAUUCGCAUGUGUUGCCUUCGGUGUCGCUGUCAUGGCUAUUCUUGCCAAGUGGGCUUAAAGGAGACUUGUGUGGAAGAAAAGUGGUUAAAAUGGAUAUUCUCGAGGUUUAUACCUGAAUAAGGUUGGGCCAUAAUAAACUCAUUUGGCAUUGCGUUAGACGGAUAGAAUUGAUACCUGGUCUGUUUCUUCGACCCUGUUACUAUUAGUUAUGGCCAGGAAAUAGAGCCUUUUUCUUUUGA